CCUCAACGUUUCUUCAUUGGCAACAAAAGUUCAUGAAGUAAAAGUCUUACUACAGUAGCUUGAAAUGUAGUUGCUUGAAAACUAGCUUAAAAUCAAGCUUGAUGAUUUUAUUAAAUAAAAAUAAAUUAAAAAUUUGUUACUGUUCAGAAAAUAUGAGGCCUUCUCCGAAAGCCUAGAAAACCCUGAGGGUUGCCUUCUAGGGUACAGCAAAAUAGUGUAGCUUGCUAUUGUUGCAUUUAAACUGGAAACUCAAUGCUAUGUAGCAGGAAUUGCUCAUUUUGCUACAGUUUAAGAUCAUUUCUCAUUUGUUUUGAAUGGAUUUUUGUAAAUGUUCUGUAACCUGGCAACAGCUGCUACAAAACACUGUGCUUGUGAACAGUGCAUGGAUAAGUUUAUAGCUAUUACUUGCGCAUGCUGUUCUUUAACUGUACUAUAAUUUUCUAUACUAUACUCAGUACAGCCAUUAAAGCUGCUUUGAACCUCUUUGACUUAGAAGAGGGAACAUUGAGAGAGACAGGAGUUCAAGCACGACACAGCUCUGUAUAGGAAUGUGGGCAAAAAGGGGAAAAAGUCAGAGAUAGACACUGAUAAAGAAAGAGAUAGAGCUAGGGGAAAUCCAAAUUUAACCCUGUUAUGCACAGAGCUGUGGACUGUGAUGUGAACUCCGCACUCAAGGACAGUGCUGCUGCUCACCUACUCGUGUUCGCUGAAGUGGCCCUAUUGAUUUCCAGGUGGUUGUGCAAUUGAAUUGUUAGCACGGUAGAAGAAGCAAAGCACUACAACUAAGUACACUGUGGUGCAGUAGCUGAAAUAGCAGAGCAAUCUCUGCUCACUGCAGUGAAACACACAGUACGGUGUCAGUGGCUUAUUGUUUUAUAUCCAGGUGCACACUGCCAGCUAUUCAGACUGUUUUUUAAUGCUAAACAUCAUGUUUUCUUCCUCAGUUAGUAAUAACUUAAAGAGGUUCAUUGUAGAGAAACUUACUGACUCAGAUUUUUCUUUACAGUGGUGGUGCUAGGAACCAGGAAUCAAAAAACAUUUUAUUUACUAUUAUUUAUGUGUUUAAGAGAAAUUUCCGACAUGUCACCUACGCUGUGAACAAUUCUGACUUGGUUAGUUUCUCUGCCACAAAGCAUUUCACACUAAACCACAUGGAAUGACUUUGUUUACACAUUUAAGAUGUAAUUAUGCAGAAUUUGUGGAAAAAUCAGUAAAUUUCCCCUUUACCAUAGUUAGGCUUUACUAGAUAUUUAUUUGUCUAUCUAUUCAUGUAUAGGUGCUUUACUACAAUACCAAACUAGUUCCUCAAUAGAAUGGAUAAUUUCACAGCAAACCACUCUGAAUGAAUUUGUUCACACCUUAAAAGGUUUUAUUAUGCAGAGAAAUUUGAAAAAAUGGUGCAGUUCCCCCUUUAACACAUUAAAGACUAAGUGAACCUAUUAAGAGGAAAGCAGUACAAUGCAUGUAAAUACUUGUGACUGUGUUAAAGUGUGGUAUAAUGACAGUCCACACAUGUUAUCCCUUUGUUGUGAAGUCAGGACUCAUCAACGUAUCAAGUGUUUAAACCACAUUUAGAGCCAAAAGAGUUUCAGUAUAUGCUGUUAUCAGUGGUGAAGUUAAAGUCAAGUAUGCACAAAAGAUUAGCAGAUAGUUGCUUUAUGUUAAUUAAAUCUUUCUAGGUAUUUUUUCUUGCUUUAACAUUAACAAACUCAUUUAGAUCCAACAGCCAAAAGAAGACAAAGCGUCCCCAAACCUUUGAUGGGCAGCAUAGGUCUGCCAUCUUUAAAUGUCCCGUUCAGCGUCACAGAGAAACAGUCACAUUUGUCUGAAAAUAGCCAUGACAUCAGUUCGAUGCAUUUACAUUCUCAUAGCGUACGCUCUAAAUGCCAGGCAGACAAUGGACUGCAGCCUUUGACCCUGCAGCAGUGGGCAGCGCUGGUGGAGAGUGGACAUUUCAGAGUGAGCGAAAGAGAGAGAGAGAGGUGGAAGCUAAUGAAAGCAGCUAGAACCGAGGAAACAACUUCGAAAGGACGAACAUGUAGCAGCCCCGCCGUCGGCCUGCCACAGGGCUGGAGGGCAAAGCACAGGUCAGCAGAGGAAACAGAGGUGGAAACAAUAACCAGGAGGAUGAAAUGGAAUUGGAGCAGCUAAAUGGAACAAGCUUUGGAAGCGCGUCGCUCAGGCACUCGUCCUCCACAGCCAAAGUGUGUUUGGUGUGUGGGGACGAGGCGUCCGGCUGCCACUAUGGGGUGGUCACCUGCGGGAGCUGCAAAGUCUUCUUCAAGAGAGCAGUGGAAGGUCAGCACAACUACCUUUGCGCUGGGAGAAACGACUGUAUCAUCGACAAAAUCCGACGGAAAAACUGUCCAGCUUGCCGAGUACGGAAGUGUCUCCAGGCAGGGAUGAAUCUAGGAGCACGGAAGUCAAAGAAGUUGGGGAAGCUGAAGAGUGUGAGUGAGGACUCAGUGCAGGGUUCUAAAGACACCGUCCCGUUCCUCUCAUCAGAGAAGGAGCUGAACUCCAUGGCUCUGGUUCCCCACAGCCCUGCCGUCACAUCGUACCUGUCUCCGUCCGUCUGCAGCGUUCUGGAGCUCAUUGAGCCCGAAGUGGUGUUCGCUGGCUACGACAACACACAGCCAGACACAACUGACCACCUGCUGACCAGCCUAAAUAAGCUCGCCGGCAAACAGAUGAUCCGCGUGGUCAAGUGGGCCAAAGUACUUCCAGGUUUCCGCACUUUGCCCAUUGAGGACCAAAUCACGCUGAUCCAGUACUCCUGGAUGUGUCUCUCCUCCUUCUCCCUCAGCUGGAGAUCCUACAAACACACCAACGCGCAGAUGCUCUACUUCGCCCCGGACCUCGUCUUCAACGAGGAGCGCAUGCAGCAGUCGGCCAUGUACGAUCUGUGUCUGAGCAUGAAGCAGGUCAGUCAGGAGUUUGUCCGCCUGCAGCUCACCUACGAAGAGUUCCUCGCCAUGAAGGUACUGCUGCUCCUCAGCACAGUGCCCAAAGAUGGUCUGAAGAACCAGGCGGCGUUUGAGGAAAUGAGGGUGAACUACAUCAAGGAGCUGCGGCGUUCGGUGGGCAAGGCCACCAACAACUCAGGCCAGACGUGGCAGCGUUUCUUCCAGCUCACCAAGCUACUAGACGCCAUGCAUGAUCUGGUGGGGAACCUGUUGGACUUCUGCUUCUAUACUUUCCGCGAGUCGCAGGCUCUGAAGGUGGAGUUCCCUGAGAUGCUGGUGGAAAUCAUCAGCGACCAGAUACCAAAGGUGGAGUCGGGCAUGACACACAUCAUUUACUUUCACAAGAAGUGACUGGCAGUGGAUGAAAGGAAGAGAGGAAGCAGUGGAUGAAAGAAAGAGGGAAAGAGAAGAGAGGACACCCAGCCCUCAGAGAGAGAGAGAGAGAAGCCUCAAGGUGGCCAGCUCGCCCGCUAUGCACAAAGAUAGACGGAUAUAUGCCAUCGGAAACGCAGAGGAAGAGAAGGAAAGUAGUGUUGUCUGUAGCCAGCCAGUCGGGGAGAACUCGCUUCGUUUCUCCUCGCCCCCAAAGACAAUGCUGACAAUGUUCCUUCUAUGGAUAUGAAGCCAUACAUUUCUUUGGUAAAGCUAUAGUGCACAGGUACAAGUGUAUAAAUAAUACUAAAACACACACAUACACACAUUCAAACAGAGAGAGAAAGAGACACGGUAAUGUCCGUGCCUCUGAAUACACUCAAUCUGCAGUUAGUUACUGAGGCAUUUAUGUUAUUUAACUGAUCUGGACACGUUCACAUUCUUUGAGACUACAGAAAAAAAGAAAAAAAGCAAUUAAAAAAACAGCGUCCUGUUUAACGUAUAUUUCUGUAGCAAACAUACUUUCAUUUUUUUUUUUUGGACAAAGAAGAGGCAAGAGAGGACAUUUUUCCAAGGGCUACACUACCUAAAAUCCCUAUAGUGUGUCUAAUUGGUGUGUAUUAAAAAACACAAAGCCAACACGCGCACCAUUUCUUACUGUUAUUUAAAAGGAAGAACAAUCAAGCCUGAACCGAUAUGCAACACAUGAAAACAUUCUUAUUUAAAAAUGAGACUUUUUGUAGUCGGUAAACAUUAUAAGUGAGGUGUGUUGUGACAGAUGUUUGAGUACAGAUUAAUACCCUUUUCAAUGUUAAAUGAGGUAUA